GGGCUCGGCGACGCGUCUGCGAGCGUUUUCGCUGCGUUGUUGGCUCUUUCAUACUAACAGAUUGGCAAGCGUUCAGCGUCCGCUAAUCUCCCGCGAUUUGCACCCGAUAACACCCUGACCUGUCGGCGACUCAACGAUUUGCAAAUCGGGCUUAAAAUCAUGUAGUGUGAACUUGGCUUAAGGUUACUCCACUGACUAUUACGUUGGCGGUUAACGAGUCAAGCAUACCUUUUGAAGUGGAUACCGGUUGUGGUGUGACUGUGAUGAAUGGGUCCAAUUUUUCCAAAUUAUGGACAAAACAUAAAAUUCCAGAAUUAAAGACCUGUUCUUUGAAGUUGAAAACCUAUACUGGCCAAACCUAAGCAGGUGGAAGUUAGACACAAAGGAGUCAUGAAGGAGUUACGAGUAGUGGUGGUACCUGGAACAGGACCCAAUCUAUUGGGUAGAGGAUGGAUUAAAGAAUUGGGCAUGGAAUGGGAGGCCAUACAUAAGAUUCAAGGGAUGGAAAAUAUAACCUUGCCUGAAGUGCUUAGCCAACAUUCAGAGUUGUUUAAAGAGGAAUGGGGUGACUUGAGAGGUCCACCGGCCAAGAUUUAUGUGGACAAGGACGCGGUCCCCAGAUUUUUCAAAGCCAGACCCGUUCCUUAUGUUGACAAAGGUAGAAGCUGAAAUAGAACGCCUGUUAAGAGAAAAAAUCAUAGAACCGGUUAAACACUCUGAAUGGGCUGCCCCUGUAGUGCCGGUUUUAAAAUAGGAUAACACUGUGCGACUAUGUGGUGAUUAUAAGCUAACUGUGAAUAGAGUUUCAAAGUUGGAACAAUAUCCCAUCCCUCGAAUAGACGGUUUGUUUGCAACAUUGUCAGGUGGGCAAAAGUUUACCAACCUGGAUAUGAGCCAUGCAUACCACCAGAUUGCUUUAGAUGCGGAGUCCAAGAAAUAUGUCACAGUGAAUACUGAAUAACCACAAGGGCCUGUUUGCUUACCAUGUUUUACCCUUUGGAGUUUCUUCUAGUCCUGCCAUCUUCCAGAGGACUUGAGGGUGUACUGCUGCAAGGUCUUCCGUAUGUGGCGGUUUUCCUGGACGACAUCCUGGUGACUGGUCGUACUGAUGAGGAGCAUCUCCAAAUGCUCGCAAGGGUAUUGGAAAGAUUGCAGGAAGCAGGACUGCGGUUGAAACGGAGCAAAUGUUCCUUCAUGGAGAAAGAGAAUCCAGCAGAGAGGAUCAGUGUGUUCAGUCAUGGACAGGAGUGUGUUUGUGCUGCUGCUGCUGUCAGGACUCUUCUGGAGCAGUUCUGCUCUUUCUCGUCAGUAUCACUAUAUAAAUGUGAGAAUGUCGUGGCCAGAGGCUCAGAGUUACUGCAGAGAGAAGUACACUGACCUGGCUACUGUAGACACCAUGGAUGAUGUGAACCGGCUGGUGAAUAUAGUGGAUGCUGGAUACAGUGGAUCAGUGUGGAUUGGACUGAAGAGAGGGACACAGACACGCUGGGCUUGGUCUAAUGGAGAAAACAAAUCUUCUCUGUACUCUAACUGGGCUUCAGGAGAGCCAAAUCAGAAUGAAGAUUGUGUAUCUAUUCUUUACGGGUCCUGGUUUGAUAUGGGAUGUAGCUAUCGCCGAUAUUUUGUUUGCUACAAGGAAAAUAAUGGAUACACCAUGGUAAAAACUGCUAAAACUUGGAGUGAUGCUCAGAGCUACUGCAGACAGUAUCACACAGAUCUGGCCACUAUCCACAACUCUGAGGAAAAUCAACAGAUAACUCAGAUUCUUUUUUCUGGAUAUUACAUCUGGAUUGGUCUGUUCCAGGACUCUUGGGAAUGGUCUGAUAAAUGGAGCCGCUUCUUUAGAAACUGGGCAGCAGGACAACCAUCCCAGACUUCAGGAUCUGGAGACUGUGUCGGCAUGUCGACAACCAAUUCUGGGAAAUGGGCUCAGGAAAACUGUGAUCUACAGCAACCUUUUAUCUGCUAUGGAUGGCGCAAGUACCAGUACCAGUUUAUAAAUGAAAGCAAGACAUGGCAAGAUGCUCAGAGUUACUGCAGAGCGAGAUUCACUGAUCUGGCCACUGCUGACAACAUGAGUGACGUGAGUUUGCUGGUGAAUUCAGUGGAUGCUGGAUACAGGGGUUCAGUAUGGAUAGGUCUCCACAAUGGAGCAGAGUAUCGCUGGGUCUGGUCUAUGGGCUCACUGUCCCGGUAUAGUAACUGGUAUCCAGGAGAACCAAAUGGUGAUGGGGAGUGUGUGAUUAGUUUUAAUGGACGCUGGUAUGAUGAGAGCUGCAGUGCCGUUCUCCCAUUUGUGUGUUUCAAUGAUAGCACUGGUUUCAUCAUCACUGAGACUGCUUUGACAUGGAGAGAUGCUCAGAGUUACUGCAGAAAACAACACACUGAUUUGGCGAGUAUCAGCAGCGCAAAGCAGCAGAAUCUGAUCGGUAAUGCAGGAUCGCUCUGGAUCGGUCUGUUCAAGGACUCUUGGGAAUGGUCUGAUCGGUGGAAUCUCAGUUUUAGAAACUGGGCAGCAGGACAACCAUCCCAGAGUUCAGGAUCCGGAGACUGUGUCGGCAUAUCAACAACUGAUACUGGGAAAUGGGCUCGAUACAGCUGUGAUCUACAGCAACCUUUUAUCUGCUAUGGAGAUGACACGUUAAUUAAAAAGCAGAUCAUCAGACUGAAAUUGUCCUGUAAUGGAGAAUGCACAUUGAAUGAUCCUUCACGUCAGACUGCCAUUCUGAAUGAGAUCAGUGAAAAGCUGAAGAUCAUGGGGUUGGAAGGUGACAGCAAAAUAAACUGGAGGAAAGGUGAAGGUGAAAAUGUGUUUCAUCAGGAGAUCACUCGUACAGCGAGUUCCAGUAAUAAAUGUAAUAAAAAGUAAUCUGUUAUUUACAUCUUUUUAUCAAAAUUCUUGAUAUAUAUAAGAAUAUAAAGGGGGUUUUAUUUUAAGUCAAACUAGAUUGCUCUAAGGAAUUGUGAAGUAGUUGUACUAGAAUUAUCUAUAUUAUUUAAACACCAUGAAGUGUCAUUUUAUGUAAAAUAUACCAUUUACUAAAGCUUCCAUUUUCUAGUUUCUAGAGUAUAUGCAGAAAUAAAGAGUGAAAGGAUGA